AUGCGGCCAUUGUGGAUAUGCUGGACGCUCCUGGCAGGCCCGCUGCAGGUGGCAGUCCUAGCUGGCGAGAAGGCGGGUGGGCCCUCUUCACCGCCGUGCACGAGGGGCUUCACGCAAGAGGAAUACACAGCGGAGACGCGACAAGAGCCGGAAGAGGGACAGGCCGUCGUCAACGUGAGCUUCCGGGAUUGCGGCGAAGGGAAGGUGCGGCUCGACGCUGACGACGUGUUCCAAGUGAGCCAAGAGGGCACGGUCUACGUGCGGAAUAGUGUUGGAAGAGGGGAGAAAAUGGCGGCGAUUCACGCCCGAGACCCUCAAAGCCAACAGACCUGGAAGACCAGAGUGCGACUUUUUGUCAAGCCCGACACGGCUGGGACACGACAGGUGAAGAGUGAUGACGCCACCGACGGGGAGAUGAAGAUGUUGUUCCCGUGGCGCGGCGGCGGCGGGAAGGUCGUCAGGGGUGACGGGGCUCUGCGGCGAGUCAAGAGGGACUGGGUCAUUCCGCCCAUCAACGUGCCCGAGAACUCAAGGGGACAGUUCCCCGAGGACCUUGUCAGGAUCCGAUCGGAUCGGGACAAGAGCUGGUUGCUGCGCUACAGCGUAACGGGUCCCGGUGCCGACCAGCCGCCCACGGGCAUCUUCAUCAUCAAUCCCAUCUCGGGUCAGCUGUCCGUCACCAAGCCUCUGGACCGGGAGCACAUUGCCAACUUCCAUUUGCGAGCCCACGCUGUGGACUUAAACGGCAACCAGGUGGAGACCCCGGUGGAGAUCCACAUCAACGUCAUUGACCAGAACGAUAACCGUCCGGAGUUCACGCACACAGUCUUUAACGGAACCGUGCCGGAAGGCUCCAAGCCAGGAACCUUCGUCAUGACCGUGACGGCGGUGGACAAGGACGAUCCCAAGACGGCCAAUGGGAUGCUGCGCUACAAGAUCCUGACUCAGAGUCCCCAAAGCCCGUCCACCAACAUGUUCACCAUUAACAACAAGACGGGUGACAUCAUCACCGUGGCGGCGGGCCUGGACCGCGAGAAAGUAUCUCAGUACACGCUGAUCAUCCAGGCCACCGACAUGGAAGGGAACCCCACGUACGGCCUUUCCAACACCGCCACUACAGUCAUCAAGAUCACAGACGUCAACGACAACCCGCCGGAAUUCACCACCGACACGUUCUUUGGCGAGGUCCACGAGAACUCUGUGAACGUGAUCGUGACCAAUCUGACGGUGACGGACAAAGACCAGCCGCACUCUUCGGCCUGGAACGCCGUCUACCGCAUCGUCUUCGGAGACCCCGUCGGGCACUUCUCCAUUCCGACAGACCCAGCCACCAACGUUGGGCGCCUCACUGUGGUCAAGCCAAUCGACUUUGAGCUAACUCGCUCGUAUGUGCUGAGCGUGGCGGCGGAGAACGAGGCCCCGCUGGCCCGCGGCAUCCACUCGCCGCGCCAGUCUACCGCCACCGUCUCCAUUCGCAUCCUGGACCUCAACGAGAGCCCCGAGUUCAGCCCCAAUCCCAAACCCAUCAAGCUGGACGAGGGCUUGCCCGCCGGCUCCAUGCUCACCACCUACACAGCGCAAGACCCCGACCGCUUCAUGAGGCAGACCAUCCGGUACUCCAAGAUGUACGACCCCGCCAACUGGCUGGAGAUCGACCCGCUCAACGGCCGCAUCUCCACCAUCGCCAUGCUGGACCGCGAAUCGCCGUACGUCAAGAACAACCUGUACAACGUCACCUUCAUGGCCGCCGACAACGGCGUUCCCCCCGCCAGCGGCACGGGCACCCUCCAGAUGUACCUCCUGGACAUCAACGACAACGCGCCGCACGUCUUCCCUCCAGAGGUGGAGAUGUGCGAGCGACCCGAGGCAGGAAGCGGCCUCAACAUCACGGCCUCGGACCCCGACCUUAGCCCUAACGCCGGCCCCUUCGCCUUCGAGCUGCCCACGCGCCCGUCUGACGUGCGACACAACUGGACGCUCGUACGACUCAGCGGCGAGCACGCCCAGCUGCGUCUCCGCACCGGCUCCCUACCGCACGGCGUCUACGAAGUCCCCGUCACCGUCACCGACUCGGGCAACGUUCACAUGUCCAACACCACGUACCUGCGCGUCAAAGUGUGCCAGUGCGACCACCACGGCGACUGCGUGGACAUGCAGCGCAUCAUGGCCGCCGGCCUGGGCAUGGGAGCCGUCAUCGGGAUCCUCGUCUUCAUCAUCCUGCUGCUCGUCUUAGUGCUGGUGUUCGGCAUGUGGAUGAAGAGGCGGGACAAGGAGCGGCAGGCCAAGCAGCUCCUCAUCGACCCCGAAGACGACGUGCGCGAUAACAUUCUCAAAUAUGACGAAGAAGGCGGCGGCGAGGAAGACCAGGAUUACGACCUGAGCCAGUUGCAGCAGCCCGACUCGGUGGCCGACGGCGAGUGCGGGGUCAAGGUGGGCAUCCGCCGUCUGGACGAGCGGCCCCUUCAUCACGACCACCAGUACCCGCUCAGGUCCGCCGCGCCCCACCCUGGAGACAUCGGCGACUUCAUACAUGAGGGCCUGAAAGCGGCGGACAACGACCCGACGGCGCCGCCGUACGACUCGCUGCUGGUGUUCGACUACGAAGGCGGCGGGUCGACGGCCGGCUCGCUCAGCAGCCUGCACUCGGCCUCCAGCGGCGCCGACCAGGACUACGACUACCUCGGGGACUGGGGGCCCCGUUUCCGCAAGCUGGCCGACCUCUACGGCGGCGCCGACGACUGA